AUGGCGUCCAUGAACAAGGUGUUUGCGGGAUACUACGCCCGCCAGGAACAGUUAGAAAAGAGUGAAAACCCGUUCGCAAAAGGCAUUGCUUACAUUGAAGAGGAAUUUGUCAAGCCCAAGGAGGCCCGCAUACCGCUUCUCGAUGAAGGGUUCAUGCAUAGCGACCUUACCUAUGAUGUGACCACGCUCUGGGACGGCCGCUUCUUCCGGCUCGAUGAUCACCUAAAGCGGAUCACUGAGAGCUGCGACAAAAUGCGACUCAAGUUCCCAAUUCCACUGACCAAAGUAAAGUCGAUUUUGACGCAAAUGGCAGUCAAGAGUGGGAUUCGCGACGGCUUUGUAGAGCUAAUCGUCACGCGCGGUCUCGUGGGUGUUCGAGGCUCUAAACCAGAGGAUCUGUGGAAAAACAAUCUAUACCUGCUUAUCCUUCCUUAUGUCUGGGUGAUGAAUCCAGACGAGCAGCCUACUGGAGGUAACGCGGUGGUUGCACGCACUGUGCGCCGAACCCCUCCUGGGGCUUUUGAUCCGACAAUCAAGAAUUUGCAGUGGGGAGACUUGACGAGAGGAUUGUUUGAAGCGAUGGACAGAGGCGCCACUUAUCCUUUCCUUACCGAUGGAGACACUAACCUCACCGAAGGAUCGGGCUUCAACGUUUUUCUCGUCAAGGAUGGCGUCCUCUACACGCCAGACCGGGGCGUGCUACGUGGCAUUACCCGCCAGAGUGUGAUAGAUGUUGCGCGAACCUCCAAGAUUGAGGUCCGUCUUCAGGUUGUCCCGAUAGAACAGGUUUAUCAUUGUGAUGAACUCUUUAUGAGUACCACAGCUGGUGGGAUCAUGCCAAUCACGUCGCUAGACGGCCAGCCCGUCAAUGAUGGUAAGGUUGGUCCCAUCACCAAGAAGAUCUGGGACGGUUACUGGGCCAUACACUACGACUCAUCAUAUAGUAUUCCGGUUGACUAUGAGUAG